GCUGAUUCCAAACUUAAAAACACCCCACUAAGUAACAAAAGAUCCAACCUUAAUUAAUUUUUCUCUGUCUUGAUCAUAAUUUCCAAUGGAUUCAUCAAGUUCGUAUUUAUUCGAGUCAGAGAGUCGGGUUCUCAACAUGCUGGAGAUUCCAUCCUUGAGGGGACAUUCUGAUGAAGAGGUUAUUUUGGCGUCGAGUAAGUCCAAGAAACGCGCCGGGAGGAAGAAGUUCAAGGAAACACGCCACCCGGUCUAUCGGGGUGUUAGGCGGAGAAAUUCAAAUAAAUGGGUAUGUGAGUUACGCCAACCAAGCAAUCAAAAAAGUAUAUGGCUGGGAACUUAUCCUACUGCUGAAAUGGCGGCUCGUGCUCAUGAUGUUGCUGCAUUGGCUUUCAGGGGUCGGUCAGCUUGCCUAAAUUUCGCUGACUCGGUAUGGCGCUUGCCAAUGCCAAUCUCCAGUGAUGUCAAGGAUAUUCAGAAGGCGGCAUGGGAGGCAGCAGAACAGUUUAGGGUGCCGGAGGAGGGUGGCGCCAUUUUGCAAGAAAAUAUGGUGGAUACUAGGGGGGUUUCUGGUAACAAUUUUACAACAUCAGACACAACAAACACAUUAUCAAAUUUGACAACAUUGGACACUACAAAAACAUUAUCAGAUUGUGAUGUUUUUUACAUGAAUGAGGAUUCAGUGACAAAUAUGGAAGGAGUUUUGUUGUCACCACCUUGUUUAGACCGUAGUUUCAGCUGGGAUGAUUUCGAAAGUGAUGCUGAGAUGGUACUUUGGAACUAUUCCAUAUGAUGGCUUAAGCUUGCUCAGCUCGUUUUGGUGGGAUGGACGCUAUAGUAUUGGAUAUAUUAAAGAACAAAAAAGUUAUAGUUAGCUCUGGUUUGGUGGGGAUUAAAAUCAUAUUUUUAGUAUAUUUUGAUGUAUCGUUGAAAAAGUUGUGUAGUUAAAAUUAUUUGUUGACUUUGACUUAGAUUAAAAUUUGGAUUAAACUAUACCAAACAGGGACUUAGAUUAUAUUCAAUAGUUAAUACCGUGUAUCACGUGUUAUUAUUUCAUUAGUUAGGAUUAAACUUGUAUAAAUAGUAGUUUGGAAAAAUAAAUUAUGUAAAAAGAUGCAUUGUUUGAUUGAUGUAGGGACAAUACAUCAUUUUUCAUCGACACCUAUUUUUUAUGACAUGGACAUUAAUUAA